AUGGGGAUCGCCAAGUUGCUGGCAAACGCAAACACGGAGAUCAUGCACAGGAAACAACGUGUACCAUUACUUGUUGAGAAUCAUGUGUACUUGUUUUUGCAUGAAAUGAAUGAUCCUGAUUUGCUGUCCCCAGUCAACCAUCCUGGUAUACAUGCUGUCAUCAUUGCAGCUGUAUGGGAAACUGGCUUUCACACAGAGCUUGACAUGGACAAUGUGGAUGCUCUCGAUAAUCUGAUUUCACUCAGCAGUGCUGCAACACACUCAGUCCUCAUGGAGCAUCUCAACAGGAGACAUCAGAUGGUGGAGUUUUCAGCAUCUUUGUCAUCUGGAGCAGAGUAUCGUUUAAUUCAACAACACGAUCUCACCAUUUGUAAGGUACCUGCAGUGCAUGACACCUUCAUUUCUUUAAAGAAAGAUUUAGUUGAACAAGAUAAGAUUUGA